AACAUUCAAAACGGGGGAACGUCACGCCGCCAAUAAAAAUCCAGAUGUUGUGCUGCCCUGCCUGCCUUCUCAUCACCCAUCAAAUUGGCUCUGCCUACACUAUCACAUAUGCUGUGUGUUGUGGUCUCUGCUUAUGGGAACUAUGUCUUAAAUGUUUGUUUUCCUGCAGGCCCUGGGCAGAGAGUGACCCGGUCUCUUUGGAGAGUGCUGCGAUGAAACGAUAUUAAUCAAUGUCAUCUGUGGAGUGAUUUCAGGGGUGAUCUCCUCCACUAUGGCUAAUCCAACAGAUGUACUAAAGAUUCGGAUGCAAGCUCAGGGCAGCCUCUUCCAGGGAGGCAUGAUUGGAAGCUUCAUAGACAUCUACCAGCAGGAAGGCACGCGGGGCCUCUGGAGGGGUGUAGUUCCCACGGCUCAGCGAGCUGCUAUUGUGGUAGGAGUUGAGUUACCAGUCUAUGACAUCACCAAGAAACAUUUAAUACUUUCAGGACUCAUGGGGGACACAAUUCUGACACAUUUUAUUUCCAGUUUCACUUGUGGGCUGGCUGGUGCCAUAGCUUCCAAUCCAGUGGACGUGGUUCGUACCCGCAUGAUGAACCAGCGGGCCAUAGUGGGAAGCGUGGAGCUGUAUAGGGGAACAAUGGACGGCCUGCUAAAGACUUGGAAAAGUGAGGGUUUCUUCGCACUUUACAAAGGCUUCUGGCCAAAUUGGUUGAGACUUGGUCCCUGGAAUAUCAUUGUAUCCUUUUGUAUGCAUAGGCAGAGGCACCAUCAUGCAGGGAAGGCUGGGGAAUAUUUUUGAAGCAAUUAUCGAUUGUAGCCAAGAGUUUUGUAGAUGUGGCAUAUUUCCUGCAAAUGCUGAAUCAUAAGUUAACCCAGACCUAUUCUGAUCUAAUUCAGCAGGUUGUGUGAACCUGAUUGUUGUUAUUAUAUACCAGAACAAUCACUCUGAGUUAUAUGUUAAACAAUAAUUGCUCUAUGCACUUAAUUUGGAUUGCUAUAGCCACUCCUGUGUUUACACAGGGUUUUGAGUGGUUAAUCGACCUCGUUUGAUUCAUACAACUUGCUGAAUCCCAAAAAACGAAGAAAGAUAGGGUCAAAUUUAGGCACCCUUGACCUGCUGUGCAAAGGCAGCUUCUGAAUUUUUAACUGAUACAAUUAAAGAUCAAUUUAGCCUCCCAGAACAAUUUGUUCUGCAGAGACAUUUGAACAGUGUAUUUUUAUUUGGGACGUGCUGAUGUAGGCAGUCCACGUGAAUUUGGGAGUUGAAUAAUUCUACAUACUUUGAGGGAGCAGAAGCUACUGGGUAGAUUCUAUCCUUAUCAAAUCCAGUUACUGGAUCUUUAAGGCCUGGGAAAGACUCCUGUUCAAGUGACAGGCGAACCCUGCCCAAAUUUGAUAUUCAUGAUGCACUCAGGAUAUUAGCUGAUCUUUGGGUAGCUAUCCAGAGCUGUUCCUUCUACUGAAGUGAUAUAAAAUAUCUUAUCCUCCCCCUUU